CCUGUCAAAAACGGUUAAUGCAAUGAAAUCACAAAAGUUAUUCGAUUUUUUACUGUCAUUGACAAAAUAAUCUUUUUUUUUAUUGUUACAAAUGUUUAUAUUGCAUAUAUGUAAAAAAAAAAUUACAAGUGCUAGUCAUACUUUGUAAUAUAAAUAUUAGUGGUUAUUGAAUAAUAAUAAGUGUUUCUUACGAUGUCAAUCUUAACAAACAUUUUGAAGCAUAAAUUUUCUCCAAAGAAAACUCCUUCAAGAAAAGCUUUAUUAGCUACUAAAGAUUUGAGUCCAAUUCAUAUUGAAAGAGAAUUCGGACCAGAUGUUGGUCCUAUUCGUCUCAAAUUAAGUGAUCACGAUUUGAUUUUUGAUGGAGGGAUUUGGGUUUCAGGAUCAGAGAAAGCUGGUGGAACCCAUAAAGAGAAAGAAUUAUUGAAAAAAGAGAUUUACAGGUUGGAAGAAGAAAAUAAUUUACUCAAAUUAAAGUUAGAAUUAGUAAUAGAUAUGUUAACAGAAGCAACUGCAGAACUACAAUUACAUAAAGGUGAACUGGAAAAUUUAAAGAACAAAAUAAUGUGUAAAAAACGUUCAGCAACGUAAAAUGCAAUUGUCUGAGGUCUGAACCAAUAAGAUUAAUUAGUAUUUAAAAU